AAGAGCCCUUUGGACAGAAAAGCCAUGUCUGACUCCCUGGUGGUGUGUGAGGUGGACCCGGAGCUGAAGGAGAGGCUGAGGAAAUUCCGCUUUCGAAAGGAGACGGACAAUGCAGCCAUAAUAAUGAAGGUGGACAAGGACCGGCAGAUGGUUGUGUUGGAGGAAGAAUUCCAGAACAUUUCCCCAGAGGAGCUGAAAAUGGAGUUGCCAGAGAGACAGCCCAGAUUCGUGGUCUACAGCUACAAGUAUGUGCACGAGGACGGCCGACUGUCCUACCCUUUGUGUUUCAUCUUCUCCAGCCCUGUGGGCUGCAAGCCCGAACAACAAAUGAUGUAUGCGGGCAGUAAAAACAGGCUGGUGCAGACGGCAGAACUCACAAAGGUGUUUGAAAUCCGGACCACCGACGACCUCACCGAAACCUGGCUAAAAGAGAAGUUGUCUUUCUUUCGUUGACCUAUAGGCCGGGGACCUGAAUUCCUGAUAUCUGAGUCCUCAAGAGAAUUGGGGACAUACAUCUCUGCACGCGUAAUAGCCUAAAGAAAUUAAAGACGCAAGAACUCAGA